UUGACAAAAAAAAGAAGAAGACUUGUCCCCCCACAUCAUCCUUGCCACCACAUAACCUCACCUUUCUUGUUUUGUUUAUUUAUUGUUUAUAAACUAUUUAUUUCUAAAAUGGACCAAACAAAAAUGUUAGCGCACUCGUUGACGUCCAAACAACGUAGCCAAGAUGUUAUUUUAUCAGAAAACCUUUCGUUCAAUUCAUUAAUUUUACCUCCGGAAACUUUAAAGGGCCUCGCUGCGGCGGGAUUCGAAAAGCCUUCGCCCAUUCAAGUUAAAGCCUUACCUGUAGGCCGUUGCGGAUUCGAUUUAAUGGUAAAAUCAAAAUCGGGCACAGGCAAGACUCUGGUUUUCGGCAUUAUAUCCUUGGAAUCGAUAAAAUUGGACAAACCCGACCCUCAGGUCCUUAUUGUAGCCCCAACAAGAGAAAUAGCAGUCCAAAUCCAAGAAGUCAUUCUAAGCAUUGGCAAAUAUUAUGAAGGCCUUGCAGUUGAAAGUUUCAUUGGCGGCCUACCUUUAGCAGGCGACAAAUCCAAAUGCAAACUUUGUCACAUUGCUGUAGGCACCCCAGGCAGAUUGAAACAACUAAUAAAAGAAAACCUUUUAUCAGUUGAAGGAGUUAAGAUUUUUGUUUUAGACGAAGCCGAUAAAUUAAUGGAAGAAAGCUUUCAAAACGAUAUAAACGAUAUUUACAAUACCUUGCCUAGCCACAAACAAAUAAUCAUGUGCAGUGCCACAUAUCCAGAACAAAUGCAAACAUUUCUGGAACAAUACAUGCUUAGUCCUGUAACUGUUAGUGUUGAACUAGAAACGCCUUUACUUUUAGGCCUAAAACAUUACGUAAGGCUACUGAAAUCAACCCUCAAUGUUGUGCAACAAACCAAAUUAAAAAACGAUGAGUUAUUGAAAAUUCUAUCAGCCAUACCAUUUAUUCAAUGCUUAAUAUUUUCAAAUUACCAAACCAGGGCUGAAAGCGUUAGCAACUUUUUAAACCGCAACAAUUGGAGUUCUAUAUUUAUGUCUGCUGCUCAAAACCAAACCACCAGGCUUCACUCUUUGUCCGAUUUGAAAGAAUUCAAAAAAAAGAUUUUAGUAACUACAGAUUUGACUGCGCGAGGUAUAGACGCACCAAAUGUCGAUUUAGUAAUCAAUUAUGAUGUGCCCAUAAACGCUACAACUUACCUUCAUAGAAUGGGCAGGGCAGGUAGGUACGGCUCGACAGGAAAUUGCAUAAAUAUUGCCUUUAAAGGCCAAGAAUCUCAAUUAUUGCAAAACAUCUUAGGGGUUAUUGGUGGGGAAACUUUAUCCAUACCAAUUGUGGAUGAAAGUUUUAAUUUAAGCAACAAUGAAGCUGAUUAUUUGUUUGGCCAAGUAGGCGAGGAGCUUAAAGAUUUCAAUGCCUAUAAUUCUAAAAUAAGUGAAAUUAGAAACAGCUUUUGUGAGAAGAAUGAUAGCAAAACAUCAUCUGUUAAAUUGAAAACUCCAGAGCCUGAAAAUAAAGAUGCCAUUUUGCUGUUGCAGCAAUUGGCAAAUGAAGGGGAGCCUGAAAAUGAAGAUGCCAUUUUAAUGUUGCAGCAAUUAGCAAACGAAGGGGCCUUAUUGGACACAAAACAACCUGAGGACACUUAUGCUAAAAACAAAGCCCUUGUGGGUGUAGCCAAAAUGCUAAGCAAUGUUGAAGUUUCAAAUGAGGAUUUCAACCAAAUGUCUGCUUAUUUGAAAGCAGAAAGAGAGGAUGUUGAGAUAUUAAAAGUAAACGAGCCUUCAGAAAACCCACAAGUAAUGGAAAAUAUAUUUUCAUUGGCAUUUAAGUCCCAAAUUGAUGAAGGAGCUCAAAAAUGGCAAAAUUUGUUAUCCGAAAAACAAAAAACCAUGCUAUCUGAUGAUUAUGAUGAUGAUGAUGAGGCUCAAACGCAAGCUGACUCCCCCAAUGAAGAUUAUGAUUUUGAAAUAGAAAAACAAAUAGAAAUAAAAGAAAAUAAUUUCAUGGAAUGGGUGCCUGUUGAACCCUUAAAUUAUGUUGCAGCCAAACCAAAAACACAACCUCUGACAAGUUAUGAAGGAUAUUAUCAGCAUUGCAGUAAUAAUUUGUGGCAGAAUGGUUUGAGUUUUGAAACUGUUGAAAGUUUCGAUCAGUGGUACUUUAACGAUUGGGAAAGCCAGCUUAGAACUGUAAGGAAUUUUGUACAAAAUAAAAUUUAUUUAGAGGAAAUGUCCAAAAAUAACUAACAUUUUGAGUAAAUCAUUUCACAUUUGGCCAUACCAAGGCCUAGAACUAUGGCUUCUAGACUUUGCGUUUUUGGAACGAUAUUGUCUGAUAAGUAAUCUGAUAGCCAACUGGUUCCCAAGCUAGAAUAAUUAUCAUUAGUGUAAAAAAAAUGUGAAAUUAUAUUUUAUAUUUACCUCCAUAGAGUCAUCAAGAGUUUUCCUUUUCCUUGUAUUGAUCUAGAAUGUUUGCUGGCAUUGCACAAAUGAUUUUUGAAACAUUGUCCUUGAUUUUUUUCAGCUGUUAGGGCUGAAUCGAGAACGCGAAGGAUUUUUUUGGCUAAUUGGUUUGGGGUUGCUUUUAUUGGAGGAUCGUUUAAGGACCUUUAAUGAGAAAAUUGUAUCAUAGAUGUAUCUUAUGCUAGUAGAGGGGGUACGAUUGCCAAAAAUUUGAAUUCAUUUGGACUGGGAAGAGAGAAAAUGUGAUACGAAUUUUAAUUAUUAUUCUUGGCUUUUGCUUGAGAGCUUAUGUGUAUGUUUGUUUCUGUUUAUUUCUUAUUUAUUA